AUGCAUGCUGGAGAGACAUCCUACAACUCUGAAGAAUGUGGUCAAACCUCUAAGGACUGCUCAUCGCUAAAUAGACAUGAGCAAAUCCAUAUUAGAGAGAUACUUGACAAAUGUCAACAAUGUGGCAAGGCCUUUAAUAGGCACUCCUACCUUAGAACACAGCACAGCAUCCACAUUGGAGAGAAACAGGACCAAUGUCAAGCAUGCAGCCAUGCCGUUAAAGGGAAAUCCAACGUCACUUAUCAUCACAGGGUUGUCACUGAGGAGAAACCAUACCAAUGUAAAGAAUGUGACAUGGCCUUUCGCGAGCAGUCACACCUUAGUCGACAUCUCAGAAAUCAUACUGCAGAGAAACCUUACACAUGUGAACAAUGUGCCCAGGCCUUUACAAGACACUCAACCCUUACUAGACAUCACAGAAUUCAUACUGGAGAGAAACCUUACAAAUGUCAAGAAUGUGGCAAGGCCUUUCGCCGGCACUCACACCUUACUGAACAUCACAGAAUUCAUACUGGAGAGAAACCUUACAAAUGUCACGAAUGUGGCAAGGCCUUUCGCCACCACUCAAACCUUACUCUGCAUCUCAGAAUUCAUAUUGGAGAGAAACCUUACAAAUGUAAGGAAUGUGGUAAGGCCUUUAGAGACCAAUCAAGCUUUACUCGACAUCUCAGAAUUCAUACUGGAGAGAAACCUUAUAAAUGUGAGGAAUGUAGCAAGGCCUUUACAGAGCACUCAAGCUUUACUCGACAUCUCAGAAUUCAUACUGGAGAGAAACCUUACAAAUGUCAAGAAUGUGGCAAGGCCUUUC